UCCACAAACUCUCAAAUUCAAAGCAUUUGUACGUAGCCAACACCCAACCGUAGCAAUGAUCUUUGAGAAGACUGUCGAGCAACCUGACAUUAAAAAUAAAUUGAAGCUUCCCAGUGAUUCCAACUGGGAAAAACUUCCAUCUGCGGCGGCAACGUUGGACGUUAAAGAUCAAGAUAAUAAUACCUGGAAAUUUAAGUACAGCAAAUCGGCCGAAAAGGCAGACCUCGGUGGGAAAGGUUGGAAAGACUUUGUGAAGAACCAAGACAUUAAAGCUGGUAACAAGAUCAGCCUUUACAAAACAGGUGACUCCUACACAAUUAAAGUCAAAAAAUGAUAGAGUGAUAGCAUAUUCUCAUAUAUCCUUCCAAGUAUUCUUCAGUUAAUUAUCUUUUUCAGAAUAAGAAAUGUUUUUUUAU